AUGGUGGGUAAAUAUAUUAGGACUGUGCCAUUGUGCUCUGCCCCACCAGAGCAGGGUGAUUUGGUGCAAAUUUCCGGCUGGGGUCACACCUCGUUCGAGGGUGUUGGUUCUCAUGAUUUGCUUACCAUUCGUAUUCCAACUGUCACCAGGGAGCAGUGUCAACGCUACUAUGGCAUCCCCAUUACCAAUUACAUGUUCUGUGCCAAUGGUGGCAGCAAGGACUCUUGCCAAGGCGAUUCUGGCGGCCCAGCUAUUCUGUUUGGAGAACUUUGCGGUAUUGUAUCCUUUGGUGCUGGUUGCGCCUCCGGUGCUCCUGGUGUCUAUGCUGAUGUCUAUAAUUUGCGCGAAUUCAUCAACAAUGCCAUGGAUAGUUUGUUGAAGAAAUAAGGAAGGAGUGAGGUGUUGA